AUGUCCAGUAGUAACUCAACCGUUGAAACAUCGGCGCCGCCGCCGAGCACUUCGGCCCCUCCCCCUUCGACGCCAACUGUACCUACUACGUCGAACCCGCCUCCCCCUCCUCAAACCACAUCAACUACUUCUGCACCACCAUCUCCCCCGACGACCACACAACCACCGCCGUCUUCGUCACCUACAACCACUCAAGCGGCGCCGCCACCAUCGACGACACAACCUCCACCGACAACUCAGGUCGUGACAACGAUCAUAGAUCCAUCUAAUCCUGGCAGCACUAUCACACAGACGGUAGUGCAAACCAACCCGGCCCCUAGCCCGACCGCGUCCUCCUCCGGGCCAGCAACCAGCCAACCGCCUGCCAACAAUGGAGCGAGCGGAAAUGACGGUUCGGGAAUGUCCAGCAAUGCCAAGAUAGCCGUGGCAGUGGUGGUACCAAUUGCAGCAGUUGCACUGCUCGUACUUGCUGCCCUGUGGUUCUGGCGUAAGCGCAAGGCACGUAAGGAAGCCGAAGAACAACGCCGCAAGGAGGUGGAAGAGUACGGCUUCAACCCCAACGCCGACGGGCCAACUGUUCCAAAUGUUGGUGGCGGUUCUUACGCCAUGGCGGAGGAUACGUCUUCAGGUUACCGAGGCUGGGGUUCAACGACGAUGGCAGGCUCAACCGGACGCAAGGCUUCGACGACUAUUUCUAGUGGGGCGGCGGCUGGCGCCUUCUCGGACAUCAACUCCCCUGGUCGCGGUAACAACAUGUCUGAUUCGCGUAGUAGCGAGCCGCUCAUGUACGAUCACAACCACGGCGACGGUUCGAUAUCUCCUGAGGGCGAGAUUCUCGGCGCUAUGGGUCCCUCAGCUGCGGCGAACCGUGGUGCAGACGUGCGUAGGGGGCCCUCGAAUGCAUCGUCGUCUUACAGCGCAGCGGCCCGCUCCGACGGUUCCGGUGACUUGAAUGGUAUCGGCAUGGCCUAUGGCGGCGAUCAGCACUCAUACGGAGCCGGCAACGCCUACGGCGUCAACAGCCCCUACGCCGAAAACUAUGGAAGCAGCCCCCCUGGCCCUGCGAUGGCCGGUGGCGGACGCGGCGCCGACUUCAAUGGUGGCACGAGCUCCCCUAUAAUCAAGGACAACCCGGCUCGUCGCAACACUCGCAUCGAAAACACAAGCCACUACCCACAACAGGCUGCUGGUAUUUCACAGAAUUUCUAA